CCAUAAAGUGACACUCUGGGACGGGAAGCAGAACAAACUGUAAGCUGCUGGGGAUCCAUCUUGCUCGGAAAAGAGACGAGGUUGGAGUGGUUUACCAGCCAAGAGUCACAAAAACUGUAUCGUUCCUCCCUGAACGCGCUGGGGAGCCCGAAGAGGGGCUGUGUCGCUGUUUGUAGGAUGUCCCGACAUGAGGGUGUGAGCUGUGAUGCAUGUUUAAAGGGCAACUUUAGAGGAAGGAGGUUUAAGUGUCUAAUUUGCUACGACUACGACCUGUGUGCAUCGUGCUACGAGAGCGGGGCCACCACAACACGACACACCACAGAGCACCCCAUGCAGUGUAUAUUAACCAGAGUAGACUAUGAUUUGUAUUAUGGAGGAGACACCUUUUCGGUGGAACAACCUCAGUCGUUCACAUGUCCUUAUUGUGGUAAGAUGGGCUUCACGGAGACGUCCUUACAGGAGCAUGUCACCUCAGAGCAUUCGGAGACGUCCACAGAGGUGAUCUGUCCAAUCUGCGCUGCCUUGCCAGGAGGCGAUCCAAACCAUGUGACGGACGACUUUACGGCUCACCUCACCCUGGAGCACAGAGCGCCAAGAGAUUUAGACGAGUCCAGUAGUGUUCGGCACGUACGCAGGAUGUUCCACCCAGGGCGAGGAAUAGGCGGCCCCAGAGCUCGACGGACAAAUAUGCACUUUACUAGCGGCUCCACGGGGGGGCUCUCAUCCUCCUCAUCACAGAGCUCCACUUACACCCCCAGUAACAGAGAGACAAUGGACCCAAUCGCAGAGUUGUUGUCUCAGCUGUCCGGUGUGCGGCGGGCUGCGGGGGGCCAGAUAAACUCGUCGGGCCCCUCGGCCUCCCAGCUGCAGCAGCUCCAGAUGCAGCUGCAGCUGGAGCGGCAGCAGGCGCAGGCAGCCCGGCAGCAGGUAGAGGCGGGCCGCCACGCAACUCGACGUGGCAACAACCCCAGCAACACGGGCAACUCUAUCCCUCCGCCUAACUCGUCCACUGCCAACACCAGCGCCGUGGGUGAUAGCAAUCCCGCUUCCUCCUCCCAAAGCUCCCAGUUUCUAUUAGCACGCUUGAAUGAACCCAAGAUGUCGGAAGCGGAGCGCCAGUUCCUAGAAGGCGAGCGAGCCGACCGCAGCUUGUUCGUCCAGGAGCUGCUGCUGUCGACGCUGAUGCACGAGGAGAGCUCCUCCUCCGACGAGGACGAGCGCCGAGACUUCGCUGACUUCGGAGCCAUGGGCUGCGUGGACAUCAUGCCUUUAGAUGUGGCGCUGGAGAACCUCCAGCUCCGAGAGAGCAGCUCUUCAGGGAGGGAGCCUCCGCCGCCUCCUCUUUGAUGUCCGAGCAUCAAGCAGACUGUGUCCUCUGUGCUGCAACUGUCAGUGAAGGGGCAGCAGACAAGUGCGGUCCUCCCUGGCCCCGCCCUCCUCCUUUUCUCUCUCUCUGUCUCCCUGUCUCUUUCUCUCCUUCUCUCCUCUAUCUCCUCAGUUUGUUUUUGGUGAUUGUAACUUAAGGCCCGUCACCGUAACUUGUUACAUUGUAAACAAAACUAAAAGAGAUCAAUUGGAAUAAAAUGUUCAUAUGGGGAAGGAAGCAAGAGAAGAGAUUUAUAUGAAUAUAAAUAUAUAUAUAUAAAAUAUAUAUGAAGUUGAUAAUCAAUCCACUUAACUUUUCUUUAUCAGGUAAGUUCUGCAGGCAGCUUUGCUUCCUGUGACAUGUGAAGGGCCCUCCAUAUAAAUACUCCACAUUCAGAAGUCAUAAGAACACAAGCCCCUCUGAUGAAGCUGCUGUGUGUGUUUAAUGAUCAUUAAUAAAUAAAAAGUGCUUGGAUGGGUUACCAUAACUUACCGCAUGCAGUUAUUUGCAGCGUGCAUGACCUUUGAUGACCCCGUCAUCGAAAUUUUGUACUUUUUCUUUAAAAAUAUCCCAAAGCUUUCGACUCUUUCAAACGGUUACAUCGAAAAUGGCUUAAGUAGCAUACUGACUCACUUGCAGACAUCAGUUUCUUGACUGUCUUGUUAGGGGUUUUUUUUUCUUUUCAUCGAGUAUUUCGAAAUGAAGAGAAACAACUGGGAUCUGGAGAAAACGCCGCGAUUUGAGAAUCCAGUUUGACUUUUCUGUAUUACGGCUGCAGACGCGAAAGCCACGAAUGUAAGAAAGGAGUUUUGCCUCUCUGGAUGUUGAUCUUUAGUUUGGAGAUUUUAAAGCACAGUAUAGUUUUUAAUUUAUGAACGACUUGAUCCGGUGCUCCUCCGCUCUGCUUGUGUCAGACCACAUGCUUUCAAAGGCUUGUUUGACUUUCGCUGGAGCUUCAUUUAUUUUCUUUUUUUCCUCCCUCCUCCGUAACCCAACUCUUUUUUUUUUGUUUUCCGAUUAAAGCUAGCACUUUCUAUUUAUUUAUACCUGUUUUUAUGAUUUGUUUGAGCCUUGACACGGAUCAUGCCACCUUCAUGCCUCUACUUUUAUCCUCUAUGUAAAGAAAUGUACAAGUUUUUUUUUUUGCGUUAACUUUCAUAAUGAUUCUUUGACAUGGGCAGACUUUUUUUAAAGUGUAAAUUUAGAUUACAAUAAAUAUGGCACACAUCUUUUGAUGGAAGUGAAAACCUCCGUUCUUUUGCACAUUGUCUUUUUUCAUAUUCGUUUUAUUAAUAGUAAUUUGGUAAAAUUCCUGAACUUAGGGAUGGGCUCAUUAGCUUUUCAAAUACCACUAUUUUGAAAAUAAAUAGUUAUUUCAAAUGCUUGUCGCUCAAAGAUCAAAAGAUCUUUUUUUAUUUUUAUUUAUUUUUUUGUUGUCACAGUUUAGUAAAGCAUAGCUUGUGCCUUUUAUGCUUUGUGUACUUAAAAACGUUCAUAUAUAAUCUAGACUUGGAUAUAAUUGAAAACAUUUAUUUCAGUAAUUGAAAAGAAAAAGUGGAGUGUAUAGAUGUAAAACGCAGAGAUUGAAAUGGGUAGAUAGCUUUUUUUAAUUUUAAUUUUUUUUUUUAUUUUGAACAUGAUAAAACGUAGCGGAGCGACACCAGCAGCUGAAGUGGCUUGUCAAAGCUUUGCUGAUGGUGGAAACUUCACACAGGAUCUCAAACAUCUUUGAUUCUUCGUCUCCGCCAGAGUUGACGUCGAAACCAAAUGCAAAAUGUACUUAAUCUGAAAAGCAAACGUUUGAUCACAGAUCAGCCCUUCUUUUUUCUCCUUGGGUAAGGUGAUUCUGACAUCAUCUCUGGUUCAGGAAUGGCAUAAUGAAAAUAUUUUUAAUGGUUGUUGCCCAUGUUGGUCACGCGUAUGUUGUUUUCUUUAUUUAGCGCCAAUUCACAACAAAUGUUGUCUUGAGACAUUUACAUACAAAUUCUGCUUUAGAGUUCUCUCUUCGUUUUUACAUUUUUCUCUGUGGCUUUCCUUCCACUUAAUUUUCCAUUAACAUGCUUGCAUUCAGCACUCACACCAAAAACAGCCCUGCUCUGUAGCAAUUCCAUUUUGUUGCUCACUAUCCUUCUUGGUGUUAUCAACUCCUGUCAAUACAACUCAAGCCAGGAUUAUUCCCAAGAAUUUAUGUGGGAAUAAACACCUCUCUGCUGAAA